UAACCCUGACUGGGCAGAAACUGAGGGGGUGCAGGGUGAGGAGCACUUGCAAGUCUUCGAGUCGUGAGUAGGACGUUUAUUUACUCCUUUACCUAGAGUGUUUCUGUGCAUCUUUUUUUCUCGCCAGCCUCCUAGUAUUUCUCACCAUGGCAUGGCCGUGCAUCACGCGCGCUUGCUGCAUCAACCGCUUUUGGAGCGAGCUGGACAAAGCGGACAUCGCUGUGCCUUUGGUUUUCACCAAAUACUCGGAUGUGGCCGACGUGCAGCAUCUUCCCCAUCACCCGCAGCCUAAACAGAAGAGAACCAUUGCCAUAGAAACCCAGCCCCAUCCCGACGAGCAGGAGGCCGGGAGGGCACCGCCCGCGACGGGUGCCGCAGCGGGCAAAGAUGGCUCUACUGCGUCCGUCAUGCGCCAAGACUUCAAGGCGUGGAGAGUGCGCCCCGAGCCAAGCUGCAAACCCAGGAAUGAGUACCAACGCUCGGUUGCCCCAUUCAACACCGAAACUCAGUAUCAGAAAGAUUAUAAACCAUGGCCUAUACCGAAGAAGCAUGACCACCCCUGGAUCCCCAAACCCAGCCCCACCACCUCCUCCUCCAAGCAGGAGCAUGCGGCCACAGAGGCCGAGAGCGGCGUGGAGAAGAGCGAGAUCGAGGAGAAAACACAGGAGAAAGAGUCAAAGGAGCCGAGCAAGAAAAGCGUGAAGAGGGAAAAGUCAGCGGAGAGACAAACGGAGGAGAAGACGGAGAUGCCUGCAGAUGUGAUUGCCGAGCAGAAGAAAGGCAGAGCCGCUGCAGACGCUCUCAACAGACAGAUAAAGCAGGUUAUGUCGACUUCCAGCAGCUACAGGACUGAGUUCAAGGCGUACAAGGAUGUGAAACCAGUGAAGCCCAUUAAAGCUCCCUCUCAGUACAAGCCCCCAGUGGAGGAAACCAGUCUGGAAACCAGCUACAGCGCCACGUACAAGGGGGAGCAGGUGAAGGCCCACCCCACUGACAACAAGCUGCUGGAGCGCAGGAGGAUACGCAGCCUGUACAGCGAGCCCAGCAAGGAGUCUGCCAAGGUGGAUAAACCAGUGUCGCGCUCCAAACCAAAAAAGACACCAACAACAACAACAGGGAAGAUGGUGAAAAAAUCAAAAGAGAAGCAGAUUGCUAGUUCCCAGUCAGCCAAGAAGAAACCGUCUCUGGUCACCGCAGAACCCAAACAAGAGGGAGCUGUCACGAAGAAGAGCAAAGAGAUCAGCAAUAGACUGGCCGAAGCGAAGCACUGAAAGCAUCUCUACGCUUUUAUGUGUGUGAUUGAUGGUGACUUGACGAAUUACGCAAAUUUCUUCCUCUUGGUUUAUUUCCUUAUCUGUUGUUUUUGCUGUCCUGUCACAUAUUGUUCACCUCUGAAUGGGCACUGAUGUUGAGCUUUUAGAAUAAUGCAAACUAUUUCACUGUAAAAUGUGUGUGUGUAUGUGUGUGUGU